CUGCAAGUAGGAAGGCUCAGUUCUAACCUGUUCCACAACUGGGCUCCAGUAGGUAGAGAAGUUCUUCAUGAAACCCAGUGGUUCUUUCUCGUGCAAAAGAAAAUAACUCUCUCAGUGGGUCCCUUUGUAGGUGCUUUCACACAGAGACAGAUCCGGAUGGGGUCUGUUAUCAGAGUUACUCAGACUCAGGCCGACGGCAUGAAACUGAUCUCUGGAGAGAUCGGCACUCCUGCAGAGGCACCGUGGGCUCAGGGGCCGCAGUCUGGGGCCUGUGUUUUCCUCUUUAACACUCCAAACAGCAAUUUUCGCAAGUCUUAAAGAGGAAACUGGAGGGGACGAGGAGCUCGCAGGCUCCGACGACCGAAAGCAUCCCACUGGGUGACAGCACGCCCUGCAUUCGCUCUCGGGUUUCCACUGCGGCAGUUUAGCCUCUUUCCGGAACGGGGAGUCCCCAACUGCGCGGAAAGGGGGCGCAUUCCGUGGCCCCAUUUUCCUCCUCGCCCUGCAGCCCUGCCCUGGAACCUCCGGCCGCGCACGCGGCCCCUCCUCGCCCCGCGCGCUCCCAGCCUGCAGCGCCGCGCCUGAAGAGAAUGGAAGGGCUUCAGAGAAGCACAUACGGAACUAUGGCUGAAGGCGGAGUAGAAAAUAAGUGGUUAUCAAAAGUGUUCUCUUUGAGGAUCAUCCUGGUGGGCAGAACAGGCAGCGGGAAAAGUGCCACAGGGAACAGCAUCCUCUGCCAACAAGUAUUUAAGUCCAGGCUGGGUGCCCAGACACUGACCAGGACGUGCCAGAAGGCAACGGGCACGUGGAACGGGAGGAACAUCCUGGUGGUGGACACGCCCUCCAUCUUUGAGGCAAAGGCCCAGGACCAGGAGAUGUACGAGCACAUCGGGGACUGCUACCUGCUCUCGGCCCCUGGGCCCCACGUGCUGCUGCUGGUGACCCAGCUGGGGCGCUUCACUGAGCAGGACACGGUGGCCGUGACCAAGGUGAAGGAGGUCUUUGGCGCAGGAGUCAUGAGACACACGGUCAUCCUCUUCACCCACAAGGAGGACUUGGUGGGCGAAUCCUUGGAUGACUAUGUAGCAAACACAGACAACCUCCAGCUGAAGAGCCUGGUCCGGGAGUGUGGGAGGAGGUACUGUGCCUUCAACAACCGGGCCACUGGGGAGGAGCAGAGGGAGCAGCUGCUGGAGCUGAUGGCCGUGAUCGAGAGGCUGGAGAGGGAGCUCGAUGGUGCCUUCUACACCAACGACCUCUUCUUUGAUGCACAGAUUCUCCAGCAAGGGGGGGAUGAUGCACGUGGAGAAGGCCACAGGCUCUACCUGGACAAGGUGCAGUCACAGGUUGUAAAGCAAAAGCAAGAUCUGGAUCUGAAAGGGGCCCAGAGAAACUGUGUGUUCAAGGCACUCCUCUGGGUCAAAAACUGGAUUAUUUCUAACAUCGGAGUAUUCGCUGUUCUUAUUAUAUGCAUUUUGAUUUUUCUUGCCAUGUUAAUUAGCUUGUAUAUUCUUCAUAAACACUGAGCAUUUUCAGAUGAUACCUUCAAUCAACUUCUAUUUUUUCAGAGUCAAGGUUGUUGAUAAGGAACUUUGCUUUUUAACAUAAUUUCACUUUUAAUCUCCCUUCCUUGCUUCAGACACACCACCCAUUUUCUUCAGGUGCCUUUAGGUAAAUAAAAUCCAAAGGAUAAUAUCAAAAAAACAAGCAACCCAAUCCAAAAACAAGUAGAAGACCUAAACAAGCAAUUCUCCAAUGAAAACAUACAAAUGGCCAAUAGGCACAUGAAAAACUGCUCAGCAUAACUAAUUGCCAGAGAAAUGCAGAUCAAAACUACAAUGAAAUAUCACUUCACACCAGCCAGAGUGGCCAUCAUUAAAAGGUCUAUAAGCGAUAAAUGCUGGAGAGGGUGUGGAGAAAGGGGAACCUUUCUACACUGUUGGUGGGAAUGUAAAUUGGUGUAGCCACUGUGGAGGUCAGUAUGAAGGUUCCAUAAAAAACCGAAAAUAGACUUACCAUGUGGCCCAGCAAUUCCACCCCUGGGCAUAUAUCUGGAGAAAAAUAUCAUUGAAGAACACAUAUGCAUCCUAAUGUUCAUAGCAGCACUAUUUACAAUAGCCAAGACAUGGAAGCAACCCAAGUGUCCAUCAGCAGAUGACUGGAUAAAGAAGAUGUGGUACAUAUGUGCAAUGGAAUACUACUCAGCCAUAAAAAAGAAUAAAAUAAUGCCACUUGCAGCAACAUGGAUGGACCUGGAGAUCAUCAUUCUAAGUAAGCCAGAAAGAGAAAAAUGCCAUAUGAUAGCACUUAUAUGUAGAAUCUUUAAAGGAAAAAAAAAGGACACAAAUGAACUACUUGUUAUUUAUAACUUAGAAGAUUGAUUUCUUGAAUAUGUGCAAGCACAUUUGACUGUCCUUUAUGAUUGGAUUACUGCAUUCUGUUGAUUCUUAUUUUGUGGUUGGCUUUAUUCCUUCAAUAAAUGUGUAAAGUUUAAAAAGCUAAAGCUCUAAACUGUUCUUAGAAACAAUGAAUGGUACAUGUAUGUAAAUUUUUUAGUGUGUAGUAUAUUGUAUAUAUGUAUUUACAAGCAAUAUAUUGUAUGUGUGCAGUCAAAUUGUAACAAUUUUACCUAAUAAAACUGAAAAAAAUUUUAAGUGAAAUUUUUUAAAAAAGGAAAAAAAUCCAGACGAAAAUAAUUCCCCUUUUCGUUUUGUUAAAAAUUGUGAGGAUAAAUAAUAAACUAACUGGACACUGUCAUGAAAUAUUUAGGAGCUUGCAAAAAGGAAGUUAAGUGGACUGUCUCGCCUCUGGGACCCACUUUUUCCAGUCGUGCUAUAGAGGAGGAAGUGUGUUAUAUUGACAGCUGAUAGUGGAAUUCCUUAUUUUAUUCAGAAACAUGGUCUGACCUCCUUGGAGGUCAUAAAAGACAACACCACAUGAGAGAGAAAGAUGAGGACAUUCUGGGGUGGGGGACACUCUGGAGUGUGAAGAGACUGAGGAAGAAGAGAGGAGGUGCCUGGAGGUGAGGCGGAAGGAGAUAAGAGGGGUCUCCGGGGCCAGAUGGGUUCCACGCCUGAGGGAAAGUAGAGUCAGUGGCUGGGGAUUAAAGGACUGAAAUUUCUUGGAGCAGGGUUCGGCAAGGGCCAGAUGACGAGGGCAGUGUUUUGGGCUUGGGAUUUAGACUGUGUGGGCUCUGUCCCAGCUACUCAACUCUCCCCUCCAAGUGCAAAAGCCGCCAUGGACAGGACGGAAGUGAGGUGCAGGCUGCACCCCAUACUACUCUAUGAGCCCCAAGAUUCGAAUUUCAUGUACAUUUCAUAUGUGGCAAUGAAACAUUAUGCUUCUUUUGAUUUCUUCACCCUUUAAAAAAUGUGAAAGCCCUUUCUUAACUCCCACGUUAUACAAAACAGGCGGCAGGUUGGAUUGGCUCGGCAGGGUGUGGUUAGCCAACCCCUGGUCUUAGAGGAAAUUUCCAUGGUGGGUUGAGCUGUGAGGUAGUGGAGCAUCUUAAACCCUAGCGUCAGCCCAAGCAUGUGUAAUAUGUGAGGAAAGGAUGUCAUUCCACAUUUCAGCAGUAGUAAAGAGAACAAGGUGUUAUGGUAAAAUCAGGUCACAAAGUCAGUGGAAGCAGGAAAUCAGAUAAGGAGGGCCCAGAGGGGCCCACCUCCUUCUGAGGAGCUGCCCCCAUUUCCCUGCUACUUCGUACCUGUAAGGGAGACCCACGGUCGUCCCAGGCAGCCUGUGACUGGAUGGGUAAGUGAUUCACUCUGGAGUGAGUCUCAGGAACUUGAUUGUGACACCCCAGUGUCAUUCCCCAAACCUCCACUGGGAGUACAGGUGCACGUUGAGGUCCAGAGUGCUGUCAUAUAAGCGAUUCUAAACUUGUGCAAGAAGUGUUAUGACAAGAAGGGCUUACAGUAUAGCACAGGAAACUCUAUCCAGCUUCUUGCAAUAAGCUAUAAUGGAAAAGAAUCUGAAAAUAUAUAGAUAGAUAUGUAUGUAUGUGUAUAACUGAAUCGCUUUGCUGUACAAAUGAAACUAACAUUGUAAGUCAACUACAC